GCCUCAGCAGCGCAUCCUCAGCAGGGCGGUAAAUAGACAGGGAGAGGUUGCCAAGGGCUGACGAAGAGGUGGGACCCUCAGUGAUGAUCCAGGAAGCGACUGCAGAGGGAGUCGGAGGGUAGGGAGUGGAGUGGUGUAGUGAAGCAGUGACGGCGAGCAGCGAGCAGAGCAGCGGUGGGAUCGAUGAUCGAUCAGCGAUAGGAAGAUGGCCAGUGGCAGGAGGCGCGGAUGGGCGACACGAGAAUGGAGGGUUUGGCGCGCACGGACCACUCAACCGACAGAUGAAAGUGGUAUGGUGGGCACGGUAGCGAUGCUGGUCGACAACGCUCGGAAGACUGGCCCAGACUCGGCGAUGGAGGCAAAAAGGCUGGAACUUGGAAGAGAAGAAAUCGUGCCGUGUGAGGAGGUGUACUGUGUAUGCGGAGAGAGUCCGAAGCCCUUCGAGCUUGGAGUGGUGGAAGUUGGAAGAGAGACGGAAGAGGGGCCAGCAGGGCAGCAGCACGCGAGGAAGGAAGGCGAGCACGCCGCACACCCUCCUCCUCCUCAACUUCACCCGACUUAUUCCUUGUUGGGUCUACUACUACUACCUACUGUGAGUACUCCGUACAGGAAUCGCCUUUUCCCCCUCAUGGCAUUCUCCGUGCUUGGGAGAACAUCUCCUCCUCCCCCUUUUGCACAUGUCUCUCUGGCGCUGGACAGACUAGCCUGCAGCGGGACAUGAUCAUUGGAGUGCCACACCAGGGGUUCUCCUCCGCCAACAAAGCCAGCCGUUUCUCCGCCCAUUCAUUCACUUUCACUGCUUUGUCCCUCCUGGCCUAGCAGCCACCUGCGCUCCCGUGGCCUUCGUCGUGUUCUCCCAGGUGCCCCCCAGUUGUGGGCCGUACCACAAGACGACGGCUGCCAU